AUGGACGCCAAUUACCUGCUAAUUUCCCUUCCCAAGAGCACGUCGACGGACAAAAACUCGCUCAAGGACUGGCUGCAGACACACAUCAACGGUGGCAGCGUCGAGCUGUUCGAAUACCAGCUUCCAGGCUUCAAAGUGGGCACUCUCGACUCGCUGGUGCUCCAGAGCGAGGAGCUUGGUAGAAUCGACCAGCAGCUGUACGGUUCGAUUGGCAAAGUGCAGGACAUCAUGGCAGGCAUCCACGGCGAGGGCGACGCCACGCUUGUGGCCAAACAGAAGAUCGACGGCAAAACCGUGAACCAGUAUUUGGAGUCCUUCCGCUGGAACACCUCGAGAUAUAGACUGGAUAAACCCAUCGAGGAGCUCAUCAACUUGAUCUCGAACGAGGCGCUGAACGUGGACAACGACCUGAGGUCGUCCUACGCUAAUUACAACCAAGCCAGGUCGAAUCUCGUGGCCGCUCAGCGGAAACAGACCGGAGACCUGUCUGUCAAGUCGCUGCAUGACAUUGUGCGUGCGGAACAUUUCGUGCUGGACUCCGAACACCUCCAGACGGUGCUGCUGGCCGUGCCAAAGAGUCUCAAGGACGACUUUCUCAACCAGUACGAGACUUUGGUGGAGUUUGUUGUUCCUCGGUCUGCACAGCAAAUAGCCCAGGACGCAGAGUACUACCUCUAUUCCGUCACACUGUUCAAAAAAUACGUGCCCGCCUUCCUGUCCAAGGCCAGAGACGCCAAAUGGGUGCCUAGAGACUUCGACUACUCCGAGGAGGUGAUGGCAAAAAUGAGAAACGAGUACCAGGAAGCGUCCAAGGAAGAACACACGCUCAAGAACGACCUGCUCAGACUCUCAAAAAGCGCAUACUCCGAAAUCGUCUCGUCGUGGACACACAUCAAGAUCCUCAGAACCUUCGUCGAGAGCGUCCUCAGAUACGGCCUGCCCCCAGACUUCUACUCGUUCCUGCUGAGACUGCCGGCAAAGGCCAUUUCGAAGUCCAAGCGCGAACUCAUCCAGAGAUUCGGCUACCUCGGCGGCAACGCGUUUGCCAAGGACAAGAAGGGCAAUCUCGUUGCCGACGCGGGACUCCACGAGUACGCCUCGCUUGUUGACCAGGACUACGAGCCGUUCGUUCUGUACGAGAUCAGCUUGAGCUAG